GAAGAAGUUUUUCCAUACCCAGAAAUUACCAAUGAGGAGCUGCAGGAGAUCAACGAGUUUGUAGGACCUGUGGAAAAAUUCUUCAAUGAAGAAGUGGACUCGAAGAAGAUCGAUCGAGAUGCAAAAAUCCCACCUGAGACUUUAGAAGGCCUGAAGGAGCUGGGUCUCUUUGGCAUGCAGAUUCCAGAGGAAUAUGGUGGCCUUGGUCUGUCCAACACCAUGUAUGCACGGCUGGGAGAAAUCACUUCUUUAGAUGGAGCCAUUGCAGUCACUCUGGCAGCUCACCAGGCCAUUGGCCUUAAGGGCAUCCUCAUUGCUGGCACAGAUGAACAGAAAGCAAAGUACCUGCCUAGGCUGGCAUCUGGGGAGCACAUUGCAGCAUUUUGUCUCACUGAGCCUGGAAGUGGAAGUGAUGCUGCCUCCAUCCAGACCAGAGCAACCCUGAGUGAAGAUGGGAAAUACUUCUUGCUGAAUGGCUCCAAGGUCUGGAUAUCAAAUGGGGGCCUGGCCAGUAUCUUCACAGUGUUUGCCAGGACAGAGGUUGUGGACAAGGAUGGGCAAGUGAAAGACAAGAUCACUGCGUUCAUCGUGGAGCGGGACUUUGGUGGAGUCACCCAUGGGAAGCCUGAGGAUAAGUUGGGCAUUCGAGGAUCCAACACCUGUGAAGUACAUUUUGAAAACACCAAAGUGCCUAUAGAGAAUGUGAUUGGAGAAGUAGGAGGAGGAUUUAAGGUGGCCAUGAAUAUCCUGAACAGUGGAAGGUUCAGCAUGGGAAGUGCUUCUGCUGGAAUGAUUAAAAAAUUGAUAGAAAUGACAGCAGAGUAUGCUUGCACCAGGAAACAGUUCAACAAGAAACUGAGCGACUUUGGAUUAAUUCAGGAGAAGUUUUGUUUUAUGGCUGUGAAAGCAUAUGUAAUGGAGAGUAUGGCUUACCUCACUGCAGGCAUGAUGGACAGGCCGGGCUUGCCAGACUGCUCCCUGGAGGCAGCCAUGGUCAAGGUGUUCAGUUCUGAAGGGGCAUGGGCUUGUGUAAGUGAAGCACUGCAGAUCCUCGGAGGCCUGGGCUAUAUGAAAGACUACCCCUAUGAACGCUACCUCAGGGACACCAGGAUCCUUAUGAUAUUUGAGGGCACCAACGAAAUUCUGCGGCUGUACAUCGCUCUGACAGGGAUGCAACACGCAGGCAGAGCCCUGACUGACAAAAUUAAAGAAAUCAAGAAAGGCAACGUUGGCGUGGCUCUGCGGGAGUUCGUGAACAAGCUACGAGACACAAUGGGCAGAAAAGUGGAUUAUGGACUGAGUGGUGAUCAAGGAGUGGCACACCCCAGCCUGCAGGAGAGUGCCAAGAAACUUGAAGAAAACAUUUAUUAUUUUGGAGUAACAGUGAAAGGCCUGCUGAGUAGGUUUGGGAAGACGAUAGUGGACGAGCAGCUGGUGCUGAAGAGAGUGGCAGACGUGGUCAUUAACCUCUAUGGGAUGACAGCCACCAUCUCCAGAGCCAGCAGGUCCAUCAGCAUCGGCCUCAGAAACCACGACCACGAGGUGCUUCUCACAAACAUCUUCUGCACAGAAGCCUAUUUCAAGAAUAAUUAUGCCAUGGCUCAGUUAGAAAAAUAUGCAGAUGAAAACCUGGAUGAUCAUAUCAAAAAAGCUGCAAAGCAGGUGCUGGAGAAGAGAGCCUACAUCUGUUCUCACCCUCUGGAUAGGACCUUCUGAUCCCUGUCCUGACAGCACCUCCUGAAGAGUGUCUAACAGCCACUGACUGCCUGCAGCUCAGCUCCCUGACACCUUACAAACUGUUGCAGCAAAUGUAAUCAGCUCUAACUGUGCAAAGUGGAACUGUAAACACAGCUUCAUAUAGGGAGGACAA